GUGAGGGGGGCACGUGGCUCUCAGCAGCCAAAGCCCAAUCUCCUCCCUGUGUGACACAGGGCUGUUUUGCUGACACUAUUUCCUUGGCAGUCCCCACCUACUUUCUCAGCCCCUGCAAUUGGCCUUCUGAGACGCUUUCCAGCCCUCUGCUAAUGGGCAAAUUUGCCCCACUGCCCUCUCAUUCUCUGCCUCAGUAAGAGGGCAGGGAGCUUUAGGAAGGCUGAGUGGCAGUGCUCUGCAUACCACAGCACUUCCCCAGGGCCUUGGUUUUGGAGUGUCCUCAUGCCAGCUGUGCAGAGACUCAGGGAGGAGCAGGACGGCGGCACUGUGCAAGGAGAAGGUCUGGCUCAUGCCUCCAGCUCAGCAGCAUCUGAGUGACAAAUGCACUGCAGUUAUCUGCAUAAGGGUGAGGUGAUGGAAUACCAAAUCACAGGCACACCUCUUUUUCACAGCGUGCUCAGCACCGCACAUUUGGCCUACAAAGCAGAAAGAAGAGGGCAGUCAGUAAAGGGGCCUGUGCUGGUCCAGCCAGGGAUUGCUGACACAGGGAGGGCAGGAGCAGGCCACCCCGGCCACAGCAUCAGGGAGUGCCACCUCUGCCCAUUGGCCCAGAGGUUGAUGAGCCAUGGCUCAGCUUGGAUAAAAGCUGGUGCGGCACAGAGGUCUCCAAAGCACUUCUCUGGCCUCCUUCUCCUUGGGAACAGGAGCUCCAUCCCAUCACACCAAGAUGUCUUGCUACGACCUGUGCCCACCAAAAACCAGCGUUGCCGUGCCCCAGCCCAUCGCUGAGAGCUGCAACGAGCUGUGCGCACGCCAGUGCCCCGACUCAACGGCCUUCAUCCAGCCACCGCCCGUCGUCGUCACCUUCCCCGGCCCCAUCCUCAGCUCCUUCCCCCAGCAAGCCGUGGUGGGCUCCUCCGGAGCACCCGCCUUUGGGGGCUCCCUGGGGCUGGGGGGCCUCUACGGCGCCGGGGCCACUCAGGGCUCGGGGGGCCUCUGCACCUUUGGCAGACCCUACGCUUCUCCUGCCUGCAGCCCCUGCCCCUUGCCC